CUUUUCAUUCCCCCAAAACCCAAAAGCAAUCAUAGCCUUAUCAUUCCCCAAAACCCAAAAGCAAAAGUAGUAAAAUCAAGGAGCAAACACUUGGUUUCAUUACAUCUUCCUACAAAUAUCCAUCUCUUGAAACACCAAUAUUACAACAAUCUACAAAGAAGCUGCAGCUAGUCUUGAAACUUUCCAAGAAUCCAACUUUCAUUUGAUCAUGGAAGAAUCUGAGACAUCCCCAAAAGAAUACUUGUCCCCACAACCAAGAAGAGCCACCUCAAUGCCGUCAUCUGUUGCAACAACGAGUGUCCAUGUGACUGCCUUGGACGGGUUAGUGAAUGUGAACUCGCUUUUUACCAUUGCAGUCUUUGUGGGUCUCUCUCUAACCACACCUGGCCAGAGAAGUCUGGAGGAUCGCACAGCCUGCGAUGCUGGGAUUGACGUGGUUAAGAAACUGUUGGUUUUUGAGGUGGUCUCAUUCAGCUUCUUUCUCUUCUCCUCACUUGUUGCACAGGGCCUCAAAUUGGCUAUUAAUCUGUUGAAUAGCAAAGAUGUUGAUGAGGCUUUCAGGGCUCACAUCAAUUUGAAGGUGCUGAGGCUUGGAAUGAUGGGCUCUGCUAUUGGAUCGGUAAUGGGGUGUUUGUUCUUGAUGCUUUCAAUUGUGAAUGUCAUUCAGAUUCGCCUCGGGAUGUUAUCUUGUGGAAGUAAAUCUGCAAUUCAUGCUGUCUCCACCUUGCUCAUUCUGGUCACCUCUGCUCUUGUCGUUUAUAUUUCUACUGCUAUAUACGCAUUUCUGCACUAAAGUGAAGGAGUAUCAGUUUUUGGUAUGAUAUUUCUUGGAUUAUGUUCAAUGUAUAACUAUUGGGACUGAAACUCCCACAUAUGUGAUCUUUGAAACUUUUAAUUAUAGAGAUGGUUAGGUCAUUACUGUUUGAAUUUAUUAGUUCAAUUGAAUUCCAUUAUGCCAGUGGUUAAAGGUAGUUUCUUUCAGGUGUCUCAGUCAAAUGGGAUGGAGGGCGGUAUUCUAGUGAACUUUUUUUUACUAUCGUUUCUUUUGUCACAUGGGAUGGAAGGUAGUCUUAAAUGGUAAACCAAAGUUUCUUUUUGGGGGUUUGUUAAAUGGGAUGAAGAGUGGUGUUGUAGUAAACAUUUCACAAAGUCUCUUUUGGUGUUAUUCAAUCGGAUGGAGGCUUGUGUUAUAGUAAA